AUGAAUGUGGCCCCUAUAGUCAAACAUUUCAUUUGGAGGGCAUGCAAAGAAGCACUAUCCACCCCAGCCAACCUGAAAAGAAGAAGAAUAGUAGAAGACUGUGAAUGCCCUAUUUGCAAACUUGAACCCGAGAUCUCUGGUCAUGAACUAUGGGGCUAUGCAGCAGCUAGGGAUGUGUGGAGCCAGGGAUGUAUCAAGGCCCAAAAAAUUUCCUUACACAAUGAUCUCUUUUUCAAAGUUUGGGCAAUGCUGAAUCAAAAGCUUGAUACAAAUGAACUUGAGGAAAGUGCUAUUAUGAUGAGGGGCAUAUGGUCUAGGAGAAAUGAGCUCAUUCAUGGUAAAUGUUUUAAGCAUCCAAAUCAUCUCAUGCUAGGAGCCAAAACAGAAGCCCUUGCCUACAAAGAUGCAAAUAGGUAUCAACAAGACCACCAACAGAUAGCUGACCAGAGGGUACAGUCAUGGCAAAAACCAGCAAGAGGAUCAUAG